AUGCUUAUUAAAGAAUAUCGCGUAACUCUUCCUUUAACAGUUGAAGAGUACCAAGUGGCACAGUUAUACUGUGUGGCAGAGGUGUCAAAAAAUGAGACUGGAGGCGGUGAAGGAAUCGAGGUUGUUAAAAAUGAACCCUUCAAAGAUUUCCCCUUGCUUGGGGGUAAAUAUUCAUCGGGGCAGUACACAUACAAGAUCUACCACCUGGCCUCCAAGGUGCCGGCCUUCAUCCGACUCCUGGCUCCCAAGGGCUCUCUCGAGGUCCACGAGGAGGCGUGGAACGCCUACCCAUACUGCCGGACUGUGCUAACUAACCCCGGCUACAUGAAGGAGAACUUCGUCAUUUGCAUAGAGUCCCUACAUUUGCCUGACGUCGGCGACCAGCAAAAUGUCCACGAGCUGUCGCCCGAGAAGCUCAAGACUCGCGACGUGGUCCACAUCGACAUCGCCAACGACCCGCUGCCCGCCGCCGACUACAAGCCGGAGACGGACCCGACGAAGUUCAAGUCGACGAAGACCGGCCGCGGCCCCCUGGUCGGGCCCAACUGGAAGAGCGACGUCAAGCCGGUGAUGACAUGCUACAAGCUCGUCACCGCCGAGUUCAAGUGGUUCGGCCUCCAGAGUAAAGUUGAAAACGUGAUCCAGAAGUCGGAGCGGCGGCUUUUCACUAUAUUCCAUAGGCAAGUGUUUUGCUCGAUGGACGACUGGUACGGGAUGACGAUGGCGGACAUCCGCGCCAUCGAGGAUCGCACCAAGGAGGAGCUGGAGAAGCUACGGCGCGAGGGCGAGGUGCGCGGAAUGCGCGCUGACAACGAG